AUGCCGGCCUCUCAUCCACAUCAAGCGAGGUACGCCUCGUUGCGGCGAGGCAACGACUCGUCGUUCUCUACCUAUGCAUCACAUCUACAAUCAGCCUACCAUCGGGCCCACUCGUACACGGAAACGACAUGGCAAGCGUUCCUCGCGCUACGCCCCGAACAGCGCUACCUCAUCUACUUCGUCCUCGGAGUCAAAGCGCUCAUCCUCGGGGUCGUACUCUACAUCGGACCCGAGGCGAUGUUCAAUGCGACAGCCAAGCUCGCUAUCUGGUUCGGAUCGCAAUCCUACGGUGCUGUGCUGCUCAUCGCCUGCGUUGUAAUCGUCAGCUUCCCGCCGCUCAUUGGCUACGGUACGAGCAUCACGCUCUUUGGCUUGGGGUGGGGGGUGCAUGCAGAGGCUACGUCGGAACAUGCCGAACUGCGCGGCAACUUGUUUCAGGCGUGGCUGCUCGCUUCGUUCUCCUGCCUGCUGGGGGGCAGCGUCGCAUUCGGCGUCCUGCGCUUCCUCAUCGUUCACCACUCGAAACGCGUCUCGUGGAUCAGCAGCACCCUCAACGACCCCAAGUACGUCGCCCUCUCCACCGCUGUGCGUCGCAGAGGCCUGUCCAUGGCCAUCCUCAUCCGGUUCUGUCCGUUUCCCUUUGCGUACUCGAACCUGUUCUUUGCGAGCCUCGUCGAUGCCGUGUCGUUCAAACACUUUCUCACGGCGACUGCGCUCAUCACACCCAAACUUUUCCUUCAUGUCUGGUUGGGCACGCGCAUGUUUCAGCUCAUGGACCGCGAUCAACGUGCACAACUCGACGGGUGGGCCAAGGCGCUCAACGUCGUGUAUAUCUUGGUUGGAUCUGCGGUGGGUGUGGCGACGGGUUGGGUCGUCUGGAACGAGACGACCAAGGUGCUGGAGACGAUUGAAAGGGAAGAGCAGUCGCGUCGGGCAGAUGGACGUCCGAGCAGCAGCAUUGCUGAUGGCGCGAACAGGAUGCAGAGGCGAGGUACUGCUGAAUCACCGUAUCGCGACAACGACGACGCAACGUCUGCCUCACCAUUCAUCCUGGACUUUGAUGAAGAAGCAGACGCAGACGAGGUGGAAGACCAAACCGCUGCGAGUGGCAACCGCACGCGCAAAGAUGACUCCACCAAAAGUCUUUUACCUCGAUAG